GCGACCCCUUCCACCCAUUAUGUCAGUCGUGGCUUGUGUUAUAUUUGCAGAGUUUACCCUCACUCUGCUGACUCCAGGACUCAGGAUAAUCAUUAACUUUCAGGUUUCCCCUAGUUGGCCCUUUGCCCCCACUUCUCAUCGUCACUGACAUAGCUGCAGGCUAUGUAUGUUUUUGCUACAUCAAAUACGCAAGUUUCUGGUUGAACAGAGAGGAGGAGAAUUAAAAGGAAGUCAGUGGUGUUGUGGGAGUAGUGGGAGGAAACAGUGAAGGUGGAAAGGAAGGCGCGAGACUGGGGAGCAUAGGGAGUAUCAGUGAAUGAAUGGACAUCUGAACCGUUAAAGCAGCUAGAGAGUUAAACCCAGAGGAAGGAGGGCAAAAGAAGAGCCUGACCGGGAUUUAUACCUCUGCACUCUGGGGAGAUUUUGUCUGGAGGAGUGUCGACUUUAAGCUACUGUGUUUGGCUGCUGGGAGGAAAAUGGAGGAAGCUCUCUCAUAGUAGUAAAAGUGAUGGAGCCCAUGACGGUGACAACGUCAGUGGUUGGACCGGAGGAAUUUGACCGCAACGCCCCGCGGAUCUGCGGCGUUUGUGGUGACAAGGCCACCGGCUUCCACUUCAAUGCCAUGACGUGUGAAGGCUGUAAGGGAUUCUUCAGGCGCAGUAUGAAGCGCAAAGCCUCCUUCACCUGUCCAUUCAACGGGAGCUGCACCAUCACCAAGGACAACCGGCGUCACUGCCAGGCCUGUCGUCUCAAACGCUGCAUUGACAUCGGCAUGAUGAAAGAGUUCAUCCUGACAGACGAGGAGGUUCAGAGAAAGAAGGACAUGAUACUGAAGAGGAAAGAGGAGGAGGCAGCCCGGGAGGCAAUGAGGCCACGUCUAAAUGAGGAGCAGGCCCGGAUCAUCUCCUCCCUGGUGGAAGCUCACCACAAGACCUAUGAUGCCUCCUAUGCUGACUUCACCCGCUUCAGGCCUCCAGUGCGCGAAGGCCCGGUAACACGCAGUGCCAGCAGAGCGGCUUCCCUUCACUCUCUGUCGGAUGCCUCCUCUGACUCAUUCAACCACUCGCCUGAGUCAGUAGAUACCAAGAUGAACCUCAGCAGCCUGUUGAUGAUGUAUCAGGAUGGUGCGAGCAGUCCAGACUCCAGCGAGGAGGACACCAAGCUUUCCAUGCUGCCCCACCUGGCUGACUUAGUGUCCUACAGCAUCCAGAAGGUCAUAGGUUUUGCCAAGAUGAUCCCAGGCUUCAGAGAGCUGACAGCAGAAGACCAGAUCGCUCUGCUGAAGUCGAGUGCCAUUGAGAUCAUCAUGCUGCGUUCCAACCAGUCAUUCAGUCUGGAGGACAUGUCCUGGAGCUGCGGAGGACCAGACUUCAAAUACUGUGUCAGUGAUGUCACAAAAGCGGGUCACACUCUGGAGCUGCUGGAGCCGCUGGUGAAGUUCCAGGUCGGUCUGAAGAAACUCAACCUGCACGAGGAGGAACACGUUCUGCUCAUGGCCAUCUGCCUGCUCUCACCAGAUCGUCCCGGUGUCCAAGACCACAGCCGCAUCGAGCAGCUCCAGGACCACCUGUCAGAGACACUGCAGGCCUACAUCCGAGUCAACCACCCCGGCGGACGCCUCCUCUACGCCAAGAUGAUCCAGAAGCUGGCCGAUCUGCGCAGCCUGAACGAGGAGCACUCCAAGCAAUACCGCUCGCUGUCCUUCCAGCCCGAGCACAGCAUGCAGCUCACCCCACUGGUGCUGGAGGUGUUUGGCAGCGAGGCAUCAUAGCAGAGGAAGAAGGGUACGCUUGCACACAGAUACACACUCUUCACACAGGAUGAUUAAUCAACCCUUACCACCUUUUCCACAAAAUCCCAGCCCUAGACAUGUGGGAGAAAGAUGGGUAAUAGGAUAGGCUGACAGUAACAUUCACCUCUUCAUCAUCUGCCCAUCUUCUUCCUUCUUCGGACCUCAAGCAGCAAGGUGACUGGACCUCUGGAAUUAUGAAUUAAAAAAAGCUCAAUGUGCUGUGGAUUUCUACAGCACCUGGAUAACCAGAUUGUUUUGACCUCUGGAUUCUCCAACACAGUACCGCAUUUUAAAGUCUUUACAUCGGGUAGAUAUCCUGACCCGUCGCCAUGUGGAACAGACAGGCAUCCAUGAUCCUCCCCACAUCCUCAAACUCCCUAACAAUCAUGUUUUCUCAUCACCACCUUUCCCCUAGACUUUUUUUUUUUUUUUUUUUACAGUUUUACAACUUGAUGGAUAUGAUUGUCAUAUCCCUUUUUACCAUCAUCCUCAUAGUAUUGUUCCAUGUUCAUAUCAUUGCGAUGACAGACAGGAAUAGAUAAACAGAUUUACAUCUUUUUAACCACACUGGCCCUUUUGAGGUACAGAUAAAUUACUCGCACCAGUGUUAGACAGCUGCAAAAUAUUGCUGAUGUACAGUUUGUCAAUGACAAAGAUAUUCAAAUAUAACGAGCAUCAAGAUGGAUAAGCUUAAUGUAACGUAAUGGAAAAAUUUAGUUUCCUAGUAUUUGGUUUAGAUAGAGUCUAGCAGGUGCAUUUACCUGUUUAGCCCAGUGUUUCUGAGUAUGUACAAAGAGAGGUCUCAGAUGGUCCACUGAACUGAAGAAAGGAAGUUUAAGUGGGAUUGUGUCGGUGUGGGGAUGGUGAGAACAAAGGGGAGAUCUGGAGAACUGAGUGAAGGAGGUUGGACAGAUGGAGGGAGAUGCUACAUUUGGAAUUCCCUGUUCACAAGAAAAAAGGGAAUUUCACAAAACAAGAAUGUAUGUAUAAUGCUAUAUAAAUAUAAAUGAUACUUAUAAGCUGAUAUAUAUAUAUAUAUAUAUCUAUAUAUAUAUAUAUAUAAAUAUAUAUAUAUAUUUAAGAGAGUGAAACACGGUUGCUUCAGUGGAAGCAAAUAGUUCUGAGUGUUUUAUAAUGUAGAGGAUUUGAAGGCACCUCCUCAGUUGUGUGUGUACGUGUCAUCUUUCAAAAUACAAAUGUAAAUACACACACACACCUAAGAAAACACGAGGAAAGUGUGGGAGGAGUCCUUCUAUUUUUGUGAUGUGUGUACAGUAUAUGAGAACAUUGAUGGACCACAAGGGGGUGUGUGUACAGGCUCUGACUGAGGGUUCAGUGCAGGGAAGCACUUCUCUGUUGGUUUUUUUUUUGUUUUUUGUUUUUUUUUUCAUUUUUGGACCUGUGAAGUUUGUAGACUGACAAACCCAACAUCAUGUUUCAUGGAUAGUGAUUAUCCAACAAUAUUUGUCCGGCUGGUUAGAUUGCUGCUAAGACAGUCAGAGCUAGAUGGUUGGACAGAAACCAACUACCGGCUGUUGCCUCAGGGAAACGUUUGUCUGAUGAUAUUGUGUAUUCAGUGUUUAUGGUGUGUGUGGCGUAAGCUUACAAUCAUAAGACGGAGAUUGUUUUUGAAGCUCUAGGCAUCACUGUGAUUUCUAAUCAUACUAAAUAACAGCAUAAGGAAGCUAAAAGUAAAAAAAUUUUUCAGAUAAUACAAGAUUCUCAUUCCUAAUCUUAUCUGUGAUUGUACAGUCUAUUAGGGAUCAUUGCGAAAGGCUGACGUACACGUUACGUUUUAGAGCCAUCUGUGUUCAAACAUUGAGCAAAUAAUAUCAGCCAAAAGUUAAGUUUUUCAUUUUUCAGAGUAAAAUUAAUAUUCUACAGAAGGUAGCAAUGUAUAGUAGUUAAAACAAUAUAUAGCCUGUAGUGUCUUUGGAAAGAAAACAGCAGGGCAGAGUUCUAAAACCUGAGACAGGACUUUUUUUUUUUACAUAAAAUCUAAAAUCAUGCCUCAUACCUUUUUGUCACAUUUAUAUCAUUUCAACACCAGCCACAUAAGCGAGGUUUAUGAUGCUACUUUUCAACAUCACUACAUAUCAUGUUAUCACGUUUCUGUCGACACAGUGCUCACCCCUCAUGAUGCAGGCCUCGAUCACCCCCUUGUGGACAAACGUUGUAAAUACCACUUGCUAUGUCUGUACAUAGUUAAGACUUUAAUGUAGGCAAAAUACUAAUGGAAUUCAAUUGUUGAUGGCAAGAUGCUCUGCAGAUACAGCACUAUAUGCAAUUAGGAGAUGGACUCUUAUGUUGUAUUCAAUGGACAGAGGUUACCCCCUGGUCAUAUGACUGAGUUGUUUCUUUUUGCAUUGAAGAAGACUGGCGGAUUUGUGUUUGACCACUCAGAUUCUGGACCUGUAUUCACCAAAUUCAAAUGUUAUCAAUUUCAUAAAGACAACGUAUUGAUUAUAUGUGUCACACAUACGAACACAUCUGAAAGAACACCAAACUGGCCCAAUUAGCCCACAGUAAAACCCCAGCACAGGUCCUUUCCCGUUUUGGAUGAUGCUCUUUAUUGUGCAACUCUGGGACUCGCAAAUUUGAUAAUUGCAAAGGCUUCUAGUAACUAAACAUUCCCAGUAGUGGUUGUGUUGAGCAUUCCAACCAGCUUAGUCUCAUACAGUCUCAUGUACCAUCUACAUUUGAAACAUUAGCAUGAAAACCCUUAAAUCCUUAACUCUCCAGCAGCCUUUUAAAGGCACCCAACAACUCAGCAUCACCAGGAAGUGUCCUCUCUGUCCAUUCCAAGCUUAUGGAUGUGCAUUUUUCUCUCUUUCUAAAGUCUAUCAAUAAGCUUUUGACAAUUAUUCAGUGUAAUAUAUUUUCAUUUUGGUGAAUUUUUUUUCCAAUAUUGUCAGUUUUAAUGUGUUGUCAGAUUUUGCUGUCGAGCUAGCGUUUGGCUUGCUGCGCUGGGACAUUGUUUUAAUGAAGCAGAGAGGAACGUGGUGGACUCCUGGUGCCUUUUCCAAUUGCAAAUGAAUAAGCUUCCCUUGCCUUGUUGGACAGGGAAGGAACACUUUUCCUAAUGCAUUAAAAAAGGCUCAUCACAGCAGCGAAGUUACACCUGGAGCUGUAACCUGAGGGGAAGGAACACAGAUGGGCAAAUCUUUUCAUUGUCAAUGGAAAGGCAGUCCCCGCUUUGUUUAGAAAAAAAAAAGUCAGUGUCAGACACAAUCAAGUGAAUCAUGAACUAACACUGCCUCAACUGACUGACACAGGAUUUAGCCAAUGGCCGCAACAGCGUGGGUGUGCCUCUUCAGUCAUCACCCAACCACCUAACCGCCUCUCCUUCUGCAAUAGCCAACAGCAGGAUUACUUUUCAUAGCUUUAACUCAGCAGACAGUCAGGCUCUGCUUAUGGAAAACUGUGGUGCACCAAGGGCUGAUGGGAGUCAGGAGAUGUAGUGGAACAGCUGCUGUGGAAUUGGACUUAAGUGAAAAUACAGAAAUGGCUCCUUUCUCCUGCUUUAAACAGAGAACGUUCACACUGGACCUCCCAGGAGACUGUGUAGAACCUUCGUCAAAGAUCUUAGGAGAUCAAAGUAUUUUUAAAAUUGCCGCAGGCAGAUGUAGUGAUGUGUACAGCGUGCAGCUGUACUGACCAGAUGUCACCUCCUAAAUCCAAAGUGUGACAUUACCUUACUCACUACUCUGUAUAUCACAUUUCAGCUCUUUAAAUUCAGAUUUUUAAAAGAUCAUUGUUUGUUAAAGAAUAGUGAAAUGAACGUCAACAUCUACAUCAUCUGUUUCAAAAGGAAUGAAGGACAGGUUUGUGGGGUUAGAGUCUGCUCAGCUUUUCUUGGUUCUGAGAGCGAAACCUCAGUUAUUUAACUUUGCAGUGCUGCUUUUGUACAUUACAUUGAUUUUCCUCUGUGGGUAUUUUAAUUUCCAUUAUUAAUGGUUACAUUUCAGGUCAUACAUGGAGAACAUUCUGCCUUUCAGUUUGUACACUGAUGGUUAACAUGAGCAUUGUGGCUGACGCAAGAGGCCAUUAGAGCUCACAUGAACCGAGAAAAAGGCAGCAGCCUCUCUCCCCUCUCAACCCCGCAUUCUCUCAGCCCAGGUCAGCAGCUCCACCUCAGUAGCCUUACGUACAGAAACCUCACCCAGCUGGAAACAUUUACUCAGAUACCUCAAUGAUUCACAGGAUGACUUUUCACAAUAGCCUUUAAGGGAACCAAACAUACAUUCACACUGACACACAUACACUCACACAGCCAACAAUACAACUCUCUCCUCAGCAACCUCUGCGGUAUUUUUUUUUUAUCAAAUUUACAGUAAACUAGUUGCCAGAAGAAGUAGAAUCCUCUUGCCAGUAGACCAAUCAGUGUAUGAAUGGAAUGGAUCCCAAUGUUUGUAAAUGUUAACUCUGUUUUCCUGCUUUACUCACUUGGUCUUCAUUCUGCAUUUUCUGUCUUCGUUGUCCUGACAAAAGAGAUGCCGCUAAGCUUUGACGCUGCAUUUAACCAAACAUACUACCUCUCCCCUCCAUCUCUCUCCGUACACAGCAUAUACAUAUACAUAAAUAUAUAUAUAUAUAUACAUAUUUUCGCAUUAUGCUAGAGCAUAACUUCAAAUUUUAACACUAAUUUAGAAUAUUUUUUUGUGUGUAUAUGUACAGUAUAUUUCAUUCUCUUUUCAAAUGCUGGACAAUUUUUUACCUCAGAUCUUCAAGUCAGUACAUCAGAGGCUUCUUGAGCAUCACAUCAGGACUGAAGUGUACAAACUUUGCUAGGAAGUAAGGCUACAUUCACAUAGCAGCUGAAGGUGCUCAGUUUUAUUUUAUUUUUUUUGCUCUUUCACACGUGACACAGAUCAAAUGUUUAGGAAUUAUUUUGAGCUGCAAAAAACAUCUAAUUUGUUCAGUUUCAUGUGGACAACUUGGAUGUGUGGAGCAGACGAGACGUGACUUGACCGGUCUUUGUGGUGAAUCAGACUGAUCCCGUAAAUGAAAAGUGUAACUGAGAGAAGUGUUUGCUCUCUCUGUGCAGUGUAAAAUCAAGUUUGUUGUGUAGUGUGUUGUCAGGUGUAGUUUUGAAGAGAAGAUGAAUUAGACAAGUGACGCUCUGUUAAAUAUGAAGCUACGUUUAUGGGUUAGCUUAGCAUAACUUAGCUUUACAAGGGGAAACAGGAAAGACAAGCUAGCUUGGCUCUGCUGUAUACAUUUUUUGUUUACAAGAUGUAAGUUACAAUGUGUAAAUUGGUGAGCUUAGAGGCAUUUGUUUUUAUCUUCGCACAGAGCCAGCUGUUUUCCCCUUUGUAAUUUUUUGUUAUUUAAUUUUUCUGCCUCUGACUGGCUGACGCAAACCAAACCAACAAAGGCAAAGAACGCUAGCCAACCAGAGGCAGAGUAGGUCCAGACUUCAUGCUAAGCAAAGUGCGUUUGGACUCUAGCUUCAUAUUAGGCGUACAGAUAUGAGAGUGGUAAUAUUUUUCUAGCUAAUUCUCAGCAAUAAAGGGAAUAAGCUCUUUUCCCAAAAUGCAAGCUACUGCAAAGCUUUUAAAUGUCAAAAUGUGCUCUGUAGAGCUUCACAUAGCUCUGGUCAGCAAAAAGUUAGCUUGCAUUUCUUAAGCAGGCUAAUUUGGAGAAUAGAUGAUCCACAAGUUUCAGAUAUGAUCAGCAAAUUGAAACCGAGCCUGAAAGUUCUGCUAUGUGAAUGUAGCAUAAAACCAUGGCGGCUAUGUGUGUCUGCUCCUCAGUGCACACUUCAGAGUCUGCUUCACCAAGAGAAUUCGGUAGCUGACUCUCCUCGAGUUUAGCAACACCUUCAAAAUACUUUGACACCCUUAAACUAACAGGUGUCGUAGUAAAAUGCCACCUGAUUUGGCUAGAAGUUUGUUGUGUUUGUCUGAUAGGACUCCAAAGAACUGCCAGUCAAAAACGUCUCUAUCAGGCUUGUGCCAAGGCUUUCGGCCUCUGUACAAAUCUUCAGUGACAAGUGGCGGAGCUCUCAACUGAUUCAUACCGACACAGAUAACAGGAGUGGUACUUGGACUUAUAUAACUACUCUUUCCUAACAUCAAAAAUGUAAAGAGCAGUGUCCUGAACUUAACACCCAACACACUGGGUCCCUCGGCCUGCUUCGCUUCCUGUGUGCUUUUCUCUUGCUUUAGCUUUCCCUCAAACAACUGAUAAGGGUUUGUAACAUUGGGAUCCAGUUUUUUGACAUUCUAGAUAUAAAUAGUACAUGGGUUUGUUUUAGUUUUUUGUACACAGCAGAAAGCCAAGUGUCACGCACCCACUCCAGCCCAACCUCAGCACUCUACUUUCUUCUAAAUCCCACCAGCUCUGGUUCUGAAUCCUUUAUUUUGUUUUACCGCUUUCACUGAGCUUUCAGAAAACCAGACCUUCAAAAUAUAUGCUGUGAAUAAAACACCAAGCCCUUAGUGAUCACUUUUGUAUUAUAUCGAAUUCAGCUCUCAGCAUGUGGAGGUUAACGCUCAGUUUCAGUUACGCAAGUUUCAGUUAGUACCAGCUGCUGAAGAUGAAAGAUUUUGGGCAGAUAGAGAAAUUCACAGACUGAUUUUAUUCUGCUCUUAAAAGCAUCAGCACGUUAUCUGUUUCAUGGCCUUUGUUUGAAGGAUGAAACAGUAUAUAUAUUUUGAGUUUGACAUGGAAAGAGAGACGUGAUUUGUCUACUGAAUGACAGCAACAAUAGUAAUUUGAUAUGAGAGGAUGAGCAGAUAUUUUAAGAAGCUGUUGAGAAAAUGUUUACAUUUCAAUUAUUUUGAAAGGAAAAUUAACAUACUGAAUAUUGGAGCUGGUUUAUUCGUCAGGUUUUUUUGAGUCGAUCUCAGUUCAGAGUGGCCUCAGGUUAAAGCCUGUGGCUCGUGCUGAACCGUUGUUACCCAUGUUUGAACCUGAGGAGAGCAGGUAGAUAGGAAGUUCACUUUUUUGCUGUCGUACAGGAUGGAUUGUCAUCUGUUGCUCUGAUUGCGUUCUCUGCUACCUCUUUAAAUAUGCGCUUGCUCAUACACACAUGCACUUAAACAACAGCACACACAGGCGAACAUACUGACUGACUGAAAAAGGCCGACACUGAACACAGCACACACACACACACGCACACAUAUGCACUCACAUGCACUCACAUGAUGCACACUUGUGUGCACUUCUGUCUCCCUCACCAGCAGUUUUUUGCCAAUGAUGCACUUGUGUUUUUGUCUUUCAAUGCUCUGCAAAACACGUGACGUCUAAAACCGAUUUGUUGUCAUCAUAUUUGGUUUUUUUUUCUUUAAAAAAACAAAAAAAAAAAAAACAAAAACUAAUCUCUAUAGUAAGAUCUGGGCUAGCCAGGUGGUUAGAAAUAAUUUGAAUAUUAAUUCAUCCAGUACAUACAGAGUUUCAUGUCUUAAAAAAAUAAAUAAAACAAAAACAUAAAUGCACAUAUUGCUCAGCUCAGUUGUACCUUGGUGUGCCUAGAACCCACAGCCUUAUUUUGGGACAAUAUCAGGGGUUUUAAACCUGAAUACAGGACGAUCUUUCUUCAUAUUGCUAAUGUUUUGUUUAGUUUCAGUCACUCUUUUAUCCUCUGUCCAUAUUUACACGUGUGUUAGUUCCCUGCAACAUCAGUGUUCUUCUGCUGGUUGUUCUUUUCUUUCAUCAGUGCUUCUGUUUCUUCCCCUCUGCUGAUUUCUCAGUGCCAGUUGGGUCUUACAAAGCUUACCUUGCUAAAAGAAAAAAAGAAAGAAAGAAAGAAAAAAGAAGAUUUAGAUAUGCAUUGUCAAUUUAAAAACUUACUUGUGCUUAUGCAACAGAAUCUAAUGAAACUUCUUGAUUUUAAUUUCAUUUGAUUUAAGCUUACUUCUUCAGAAUGUCCAGCAGACUGUGACCGAACUCCAACUGUCACCAUUAGGAGAACAAAACAAAACAGAAACAAAACCAAGAAAAAAUCAAAUCAAAUCAAAUUGUGGUUGAUCUCAGCAGAGUCCCAAGAUAAGUACCUUUACCUUCUCACAUGCACACCACCAUGCAGUAAAACUCACCAGACCUCAGUGCUUCUAGCAGAAACUUGUCUUUACAACAUAUACAGUUGCCAUGGCAUCGUUGUUGAUGUCACCAUUCAUAGCCCGAAGCCGUAUAUAAAAGAAAUAGUGUUAUGCAUACAGUACCUUAACCAGUGUCUCUCUUCGUGGUCAAAAUCUUUUUUCCUCUCUCUUUUCUUUUUGCUCUUCUUGUCUUUGAUCCAUUGUACUUUGAUUACAUGCAUUGUAUGUAGUAAAAUACUGAUAAUGUUUGGGGGAAAUCACGAAUAAAAAAAGCUGUACAUAAUGAUGCAAAACA